AUGUCGAGCCAGCCACUACUUCAAACCGCACCGGGCAAGCGGAUCGCGCUCCCGACGCGAGUCGAGCCCAAGGUCUUUUUCGCAAACGAGAGAACCUUCCUCUCAUGGCUCAACUUUACCGUCGUUCUGGGCGCCCUCGCCGUCGGCAUGCUCAACUUUGGUGACCGCCCGGCCUUCAUCUCCUCCAUCAUGUUCACACUGGUCGCCAUGUUCACCAUGGGUUAUGCGUUGUGGCAAUACCACUGGCGUGCUGCCACCAUCAGAAAGCGGGGACAGGCAGGAUUCGACGACAGGUUCGGCCCGACUAUGCUGGCCAUCAUCCUGUUCCUGGCCGUCGUGGUCAACUUUGUGUUGAGGGUCACGUAUGACAAGAACAAGAAGGUGUAA